AUGAGUGUGGUGGUGGGUGACACAGUAUCUCAGGAGCGGGUGAGUGUGGUGGUGGGUGAGGUGUACAGCAACAGGGGCUCAGUCAGUAGUGUGGUUGGACCUUACCUGGAGGGUGACGUCAUCCAACUCACCUGUGUCGCCCAUGGUGGCAGUCCCCGACCGUCGGUGGUGUGGUACGGAGACUCUCGCCUGCUGGACACUCACAUGGAAUCAGAUGUUUUAGAAGCCACGAGUGAAACCCUUGGUGCAGUGACGGUGACAACGCUCGGCCCGGGGCCCACCACAACACAGCCAGCUUUCGGAGGAGAGCCGUUCAAUACGCUUACUCUGGGGCCCCUCAGUCGCAGCCACCUCAAGCUGCUGUUGACGUGUGAGGCCUCCAACAACAACCUCACACAGCCCACCACACUCAGCCUCACCAUUGACAUGAACUUGCCGCCCCUGAGUGUAGAGAUCCAGCGGCCUGAGUCAGUGGCGCUGAGGGCUGAACGUGAGUACUUGGUGGAGUGUGUGGUGGUGGGAGCUCGACCCCCGCCCGCCAUCACCUGGUGGAGCGGCCACCAACGAGUCCUGCAAGCCACGGUCACGAUCUCAGAGGACAGGAAUCUCACCAGCAGUAGUGUGGUGAUCGUCCCUGGGCCACGGGACAAUGGUUCGUUCCUUCGGUGUAUCGCAGAGACCCACGCUGCCCCAGCCACCCUGGAGGACACCUGGACCCUCACCGUGCACUAUGUGCCCACGUCCUCGUGCAGGUUCGGGUCGUCACUGGACGCUGCCAACAUCAAGGAGGGAGACGACGUGUACCUGGAGUGUUCUACCCAGGCCAACCCCCGUGUGACGCACGUCUCCUGGCGUCACAACGAGGCGCCGCUGGUUCACAACGUGACCGCUGGGGUGAUCAUCAGUAACCAGAGUCUGGUGCUGCAGCGGCUGGUGAGGGCCCAGGCGGGGCGCUACUCCUGCCUCGCUCACAACCCCGUCGGUGAUGGCCUCUCUAACUCCCUCAGACUCGACGUUAAGUUCGCCCCCGUGUGCUCCUUGGGGCAGGUCACUAUAUACGCUGUGGAUCGCUACGAGGACGCCGAGGUGACCUGCUCCGUGGACGCCAACCCCGUGCAGGAGUCCUUCCAGUGGACGUUCAACAACACGGCGGACACCAUUGACGUACCCCAGGGCCGCUUCACCUCCCUCAGCACCCACAGUGUCAUCACCUACACCCCCAUGACCGCCCUGGACUACGGCACCCUCCUCUGCUGGGCCAACAACGAGAUCGGCCCUCAGAAGGAACCCUGCGUCUUCCAUAUCGUGCCUGCUGGUAAGCCGGAGCCUCCAGGUGAGUGUAGGGUGGAGGAGGGCACGAGGACCUCAGUAUGGGUGAGGUGUGGGGCGGGAGGUAGUGGAGGUCUCCCACAACACUUCCUCCUCCAGGCCAGCAGCCUCCACCAACCUCACCACCAACACCUCCUCAACUUCACCUCCGCCUCCUCCCCAAACUUCUACGUAGAAGGGCUGGAGGCGAGGGGGAAGUACCAGCUGGUGAUCAGGGCAGUGAACGAUAAGGGCUCCAGCAGUGCCGCUCAUCUCAUUGUCAGCAGCAUCGACACCAAGAACUAUGUGUACCAGCUGCAUGACGGGCCCCUGGAGGCUGAGGUCCGGGAUGGUGGCAAGAACGGUGUGGUGGGUGGUGAGAGUGAGGUUCCUGAAGAGUCCUUCCUUGACACUCUGGCUCUCCCAUCCUUCAUCAUGGGAGUCCUGGGCGUAGGAUCAGGCCUGGUGCUGCUCGUAAUUUUACUCCUGUUGAUCAUCACCUUCCGCGGCAGGAGGAGGGCGCCCCAGCUACACCCUCUGGCACACAACCUUCACCUGACGGACACCGAGGAGAGUCUUCCUAGAGCAGCUUCAUCGACGAGGAUAUCACCUGUGUUUACACCUGACCAACAUACUACCUGUCUGGAAACUGACGUGAUAGUGAGUGUGUAG